GUGUGUGUGAGUAACCAAUUACGUUACACUUUGAUCACAGCGUCAAUACGGCACAGCGGUCUCAUUCGUAUUCCACCAGAGAGGACCGUGCUGCAGCAGCGCGUCCUGGCGUGCGAUGGGGUAAAAAGUGUUUCUGCUCCCACCUCUUCAAACAAAAAAGGGAAAGAGGUCUGGCCGGCGUGGAAGAGUAGGCCAAAACACCCUCUUCGCUGGGCUCUCACUCGCUACUCUCGAGCGCCCGCUACCGACGGCAGUCGCGCGAGCGGGUCAUUUGCGGAGCUGCGCCUUUACCGUCCCUCUGAGAAUCCCCGCGACGACGUUGCAGGGCUGCAGCCAGCGACGGGAGCCUCAGGGAACCGUGGAUCUAUACCGGCGACGAGUCGAGAAAAAAUCCCUCGCCCGCUCCCGCCACGCGGAUGCCGCAGAUUUCCCGUAGACUGCGCUCGCGCGCGUGGUGGGGGGGGAGGGAAUUCCUCCCGCGCGUGUCGGGCUGGCCGAUGGAUCUGCCACGCGGUUUGAAUGACAACGAGAAGAUGGCCACGGCACAGGGAGGAGACACGGACGGACCCCUGCGGUGUGGGGGAGCGGCUGCAAUGAGGAAAGCAACACUCACGGCAGGUUUCCUUUUCACGCUGUGCGCAUCGGUCUACGCGAGCAACCUGAAAGGCGUGGUUUUCCACUACCGGGGCCCGGGCAGCCGCUACAGCCUCACGUUCGAGGCCGCGCGUGCCGCGUGCCGGGACAUCGACGCCCACAUCGUCACCCCCGAGCAGCUGCAGGCGGCCUUCGAGGAUGGGCUGGACCAGUGCGACGCGGGAUGGGUGUCUGACCAGAGCGUUCGGUACCCGAUCGUGCAUCCCAGACGUAAAUGCGAUGGCGACAAGAUCCACGAUCCCGGAGUACGAAAUUACGGCGUGAAGAGCCCCAAUGAGAUGUUCGACGUCUACUGCUACGUGGGGGAGUUCCGAGGCGAGGUUUUCCAUGCGUCGGCGAUCGGACGCCUGACCCUGGCCGGAGCCCGCGACCACUGCGAGACGCUGGGCGCCACGCUGGCAUCGCCAGGACAGCUGUUUGGUGCAUGGCGCCUGGCAGCGUUCGACCGCUGCGACCCGGGCUGGCUUGCCGAUGGGAGCGUGCGCUACCCCAUCGUGCGGCCUCGCACCAACUGCGGCGGGCCGGUCGCCGGCGUGCGCACCAUCUACAGGGACAAGGAUCGCACGGGGUUCCCGGGGCCCGAGCAGCGCUACGACGCCUACUGCUUCCGUGAUCACCAGGCCGAGGGCAGCAGCGUCUUCGGUGACACAGCCGCGGCGCUGCCGCGAGAGGAGAUGACGAUGUCGCUGGAGUUCGUUCCGGGCAGGGAUUCUGGCUUGGAGCUCCAUCCAGCGACCUACCAACCCCAGCAGCACCGGCAGUACCUCACCGAGCAGCGCAGCCAGUUCGUCCCAUCGGACGCCACGGCGGGCAGCAUCCCGUUCUUCCACAGCGUCCAACAACCGCAGGGCAGCAGAAGUUCUUGGGGCCCCGGCGAGGCUGCGGAGAACGCGACAGCGCGACAGGUUCACGGCGCCCCCACUGAGCGACACGUAUUUGGGGUUGGCGCAGAUGUCACCUUGGCAGGCCACGCGGAGGGGAAGCUGGAGAGCUCCCAGGAUGGACCGUCGGACGGGCAAGUGAUGAAGGUGGAGCGAGUGGUGUUUGCGCCACACAGAAGGGUAUUCCAGCCUGGAGCGACGGCGGCAGGGAGAGGUGGGGCGCACACAUUUGCGCCGGGACGUCAGAGCGACACACGCGGUGCGCACCUCGUGUACGUGGAGACGGAGAAGCACGUGACUCACAAAGGCGUUGUGGUGCCGCGCCCCGCAGAUUCCGAGACCAAAGCAGGGGCUGCCCACGGACAACGGGGCACGUUUCACGCACCGGGCGGAGAGACGUCUCAUGUUUUGCAUGGACAAACGGAUUCGACUCGUGCCCGGGAAGAAGCAGGAGCUCAUGAAGUUCGCGAAGACACCAAUUUGUCCCCUGUACCUCACAGCGAGAUUGAUGACUCUCAAAUUGCAGAAGGAGAGGCUGAAGGGUCUCACUUUGCUGUCAUGAGUGGAGAAGACUCUCACGUUGAACGCAGUGGCACUGAUGCUCCCGCUGACAUUGAGGGAGAAAUUGAUGCGGCCCAGGUCCCUCACAGUGUGGUUGAUGAAUCUCACAUUACUGAAGGAGAUGUUGAAACAUCUCACAUUUCCGGAGAAGAAUCACACUUUUCACAAAGUGGGGCUGACAUUCUUUCGGAAAUUCAUGAAGAAACUGAUCAGUCAAAUGUCCCUCAUGGGGAAACUGAUGAAUCUCACAUUACUGAAGGAGAUGUUGAAAAAUCUCACAUUUCUGGAGAAGAAUCACACUUUUCACAAAGUGGGGCUGACAUUCUUUCGGAAAUUCAUGAAGAAACUGAUCAGUCAAAUGUCCCUCAUGGGGAAACUGAUGAAUCUCACAUUACUGAAGGAGAUGUUGAAACGUCUCACAUUUCCGGAGAAGAAUCACACUUUUCACAAAGUGGGGCUGACAUUCUUUCGGAAAUUCAUGAAGAAACUGAUCAGUCAAAUGUCCCUCAUGGGGAAACUGAUGAAUCUCACAUUACUGAAGGAGAUGUUGAAACAUCUCACAUUUCCGGAGAAGAAUCACUCUUUUCACAAAGUGGGGCUGACAUUCUUUCAGAAAUUCAUGAAGAAACUGAUCAGUCAAAUGUCCCUCAUGGGGAAACUGAUGAAUCUCACAUUACUGAAGGAGAUGUUGAAACGUCUCACAUUUCCGGAGAAGAAUCACACUUUUCACAAAGUGGGGCUGACAUUCUUUCGGAAAUUCAUGAAGAAACUGAUCAGUCAAAUGUCCCUCAUGGGGAAACUGAUGAAUCUCACAUUACUGAAGGAGAUGUUGAAACAUCUCACAUUUCCGGAGAAGAAUCACUCUUUUCACAAAGUGGGGCUGACAUUCUUUCAGAAAUUCAUGAAGAAACUGAUCAGUCAAAUGUCCCUCAUGGGGAAACUGAUGAAUCUCACAUUACUGAAGGAGAUGUUGAAACAUCUCACAUUUCCGGAGAAGAAUCACACUUUUCACAAAGUGGGGCUGACAUUCUUUCGGAAAUUCAUGAAGAAACUGAUCAGUCAAAUGCCCCUCAUGGGGAAACUGAUGAAUCUCACAUUACUGAAGGAGAUGUUGAAACAUCUCACAUUUCCGGAGAAGAAUCACUCUUUUCACAAAGUGGGGCUGACAUUCUUUCGGAAAUUCAUGAAGAAACUGAUCAGUCAAAUGUCCCUCAUGGGGAAACUGAUGAAUCUCACAUUACUGAAGGAGAUGUUGAAACAUCUCACAUUUCCGGAGAAGAAUCACACUUUUCACAAAGUGGGGCUGACAUUCUUUCGGAAAUUCAUGAAGAAACUGAUCAGUCAAAUGUCCCUCACGGCGAAACUGAUAAAUCUCACAUUACUGAAGGAGAUGUUGAAACAUCUCACAUUUCUGGAGAAGAAUCACACUUUUCACAAAGUGCGGCUGACAUUCUUUCGGAAAUUAAUGAAGAAACUGAUCAGUCAAAUGUCCCUCAUGGGGAAACUGAUGAAUCUCACAUUACUGAAGGAGACACCAAGACAUCUCACAUUUCUACUUCAAGUGGAGAAGGAUCUCACGUUUCACAAAGUGGGACUGCUUCAGAAACUCAUGAAGAAACGGAUUUGUUCCACGUCCCUCAAAUUGAAACAGAUGAAUCUCACAUGACUGAAGGAGACACUGAAACACCUGACAAUGCUUUUACAAGUGGAGAAGAAGCUCACAUUGUGCAGAGUGAAACUGGAACUACUGCUGAAAUUCAUGAAGACAUUGAUUUGUCCCAAGUCCCCGAGACUGUGAUUGAAGAUUCCCAAACUGUUGAAGGAGAGACUGAUGCAUCACAUAUUUCCUCGGAGAGUGGGGAGGAAUCUGUCAUACUGCACAGUGGGGCCGAAACUCCUCACGGGAUACACGAAGACACUCACGUGCCCCAAGUGCCUCACAGUGGGAUUGGUGAUUCUCACAUCGAUGGCGGAGAGACUGAAAUAUCUCACAUUGUUCCUUCAAGCGGAGAUGAAUCUCACGUUGCAGAGAGUGGGACCGAUGUUUCCUAUGAAAUCCAUGAAGAAACAGAUUUAUCUCCAGUGUCUCCCAGCGGACUUGACACAUUUCCCCUUUUGGAGGGACAGCCCGACACAUCUCACACUGCCAUUGUGAGUGGAGAAGAGGAUUCUCAUACUGUUCAAAGCGGGGCUGAUGUUCUUCUUGACAUUCACGAAGACGUUCCAGCGUCCCAGGGUUCCGAGAGUGCCAUCGAAGGGUCUCAUGCUGCUAAAGGUGAAAUUGAUACAUCUUCCAUCAUCCCCGUGAGCGGAGAAGAAUCGCCCGUAUUACACAGUGGGACAGAGGGGCUUCAUGGGACACACGGAGACGACCAAGUGUCCCAGGUGGGUGAUGGUGAAACAGAUGAAGCUCACGUUACUGAAGAAAAGAUGGAAACAUCUCACGAUGCUGUCGCGAGUGGAGAAGAAUCGGAAAUUUCACAGAGUGGAACUGGUACUCCUCAUGAACUUCACGAAGAAGUCGAUGUGCCACAGGUCCCUCAUGGUGAGGUUGAUGGUUCUCAGAUUGCUGGAGAAGACACUGAAGCAUCUCAAACUACUAUUGUGAGUAGAGAAGAAUCACAGAGUGGCACUGGCAUACCUCAUGAAAUUCAUGAAAACUCCGACAUUUCCCACAUCCUUCAAAGUGAGUUUGAAGAGUCUCAAACUGCUGAAGGCGAUGUUAAAACAUCUCAUGUGCCUGCUGCGAGCGGCGAGGAAUCUCACAUCAUUGAAAGUGGAGUAGAUGUUUCCCAUGCUGUAGAAGAUGAAUUUGGUGUCCAUCACAGUGGAGUCGAUGAAUCUCAAGCUUCUGACGAAGUCGGCACAUCUCAUAUUGCUCUUGCAACUGGAGAAGAAUCUCACGUCAUUGAAAGUGGAGAUGAUGUUUCUCAUGGAGCAGAAGGGGAAUUCGUUGUCCCUCAAAGUGGAGUCGAUGAAUCUCAAGCUUCUGAAGAACUCGACACGUCUCACAUUGCUCUUGCAACCGGAGAGGAAUCUCAGAUCGUUGAAAGUGGAGAUGAUGUUUCUCAUGGAGUAGAAGGGGAAUUCGUUGUCCCUCACAGUGGAGUCGAUGAAUCUCAAGUUUCCGAAGAAGUCGACACAUCUCACAUUACAUUUACAAGUGGAGAGGAAUCUCAGAUUACAGACAGUGGGAUUGCUGUUCCAUCUGACAUUCAUGAAGACAGUCUAGCACCGCAAGUCCCUCACAGUGAUGUAGAUGCAUCUCCCAUCGUUGACGGCGAUACUAUAGUAGCAAGUGGAGAGGAAUCUCAUAUUACUGAAAGCGGCAUUGGUGUUCCUUCUGACAUUCAUGAAGACACUCUCGGGCCCCAAGCCCCUCACGGUACGGUAGAUGAAUCUCACAUCGUUAAAGGAGAUACGGGAACAUCUCAAAUCGCCAUAGCAAGUGGAGAAGAUUCUCAGUUUACAGACAGUGGGUUUGGUGUUCCUUCUGACAUUCAUGAAGACAGUCUAGCACCCCAAGUCCCUCACAGUGAUGUAGAUGAAUCUCCCAUCGUUGAAAGUGGAGUUGGUGUUCCUUCUGACAUUCAUGAAGACAGUCUAGCACCACAAGUCCCUCACAGUGAUGUAGAUGAAUCUCUCAUCGUUGAAAGUGGAGUUGGUGUUCCUUCUGACAUUCAUGAAGACAGUCUAGCACCCCAAGUUCCUCACAGUGAUGUAGAUGAAUCUCCCAUCGUUGAAAGCGGAGUUGGUGUUCCUUCUGACAUUCAUGAAGACAGUCUAGCACCACAAGUCCCUCACAGUGAUGUAGAUGAAUCUCUCAUCGUUGAAAGUGGAGUUGGUGUUCCUUCUGACAUUCAUGAAGACAGUCUAGCACCCCAAGUCCCUCACAGUGAUGUAGAUGAAUCGCUCAUCGUUGAAAGUGGAGUUGGUGUUCCUUCUGACAUUCAUGAAGACAGUCUAGCACCCCAAGUCCCUCACAGUGAUGUAGAUGAAUCUCUCAUCGUUGAAAGCGGAGUUGGUGUUCCUUCUGACAUUCAUGAAGACAGUCUAGCACCCCAAGUCCCUCACAGUGAUGUAGAUGAAUCUCCCAUCGUUGAAAGUGGUGUUGGUGUUCCUUCUGACAUUCAUGAAGACAAUCUCGGGCCCCAAGCUCCUCACGGUACGGUAGAUGAAUCUCACAUCGUUAAAGGAGAGGCGGGAACAUCUCACAUUGCAAUAGCAAGUGGAGAAGAUUCUCACAUUACAGGCAGUGGGUUUGGUGUCCCUUCUGACAUUCAUGAAGACAGUCUAGCACCCCAAGUCCCUCAAAGUGGAGUAGAUGAUUCUCACAUUUCUGAAGAAGUUGACACAUCUCACAUUCCAUUAGCAAGUGGAGAGGAAUCUCACAUUACAGACAGCGACAUUGGUGUUUCUUCUGACAUUCAUGAAGACAGUCUAGCACCCCAAGCCCCCCACAGUGGAGUAGAUGAAUCUCACCUUUCUGAAGAAGUUGACACAUCUCACAUUACAUCAACAAGUGGAGAGGAAUCUCACAUUACCGAGAGCGGCAUUGGUGCGUCUUCUGAAAUUCAUGAAGACACUCUCGGGCCCCAAGCUCCUCACGGUACGGUAGAUGAAUCUCACAUCGUUAAAGGAGAGACGGGAACAUCUCACGUUGCCAUAGCAAGUGGAGAAGAUUCUCAGUUUACAGGCAGUGGGUUUGGUGUUCCUUCUGACAUUCAUGAAGACAGUCUAGCACCCCAAGCCCCUCACAGUGGAGUAGAUGAAUCUCACCUUUCUGAAGAAGUUGACACAUCUCACAUUACAUUAGCAAGUGGAGAGGAAUCUCACAUUACAGAGAGCGGCAUUGGUGCUUCUUCUGAAAUUCAUGAAGACACUCUCGGGCCCCAAGCUCCUCACGGUAUGGUAGAUGAAUCUCACAUCGUUAAAGGAGAGGCGGGAACAUCUCACGUUGCCAUAGCAAGUGGAGAAGAUUCUUACAUUACAGAGAGUGGGUUUGGUGUCCCUUCUGACAUUCAUGAAGACAGUCUAGCACCGCAAGUCCCUCACAGUGAUGUAGAUGAAUCUCUCAUAGUUGAAAGCGGAGUUGGUGCCCCAUCUGACAUUAAUGAAGACACUCUAACACCCCAGGUCCAUCACGGUGGAGUAGAUGAGUCUCACAUGGCUGAAGGUGAAACUGUAGUGACGAGUGGAGAAGAAUCUCACGUUACAGACAGUGGGUUUGGUGUUCCUUCUGAAAAGCAUGAAGACACUGAUUUGCUCAUAAUUCCUCACGUUGCAAUCGAUGAAUCCCAAACUGCUGAAAAGGAGUCCAGUUCUUCUCAUAUUGUAACGAGCGGCGAACAUCGAGUGACUGCAGAAGAAGACUCUCACGCCUCUCAGAGUGGCUUUGAAGCCCCUAUUACGACUCACGAGGAGACCGACACGUCGCAGAUUGUCCAUGCCGAAGACGCCGGUUCAUCCCAGGUCAUAAUCUCGAGCGGCGAACCUCACCUUCUCGAGACGGACGAGUCGCAAAUUGUACGAGGGGAAGUCGAGACAUCACAAAGCGCCGUCGAUGUUCCCGAGCUGCCGGUCGCAGGCGAGGCCGACCAUUCGGCUGACAUUUCCCAAGAGCAGCUCAUGCCAAGGAGCGGGAACGCCAAAGAGGCAGGAGGCUUUCCCCCGACGUCCAUUGACACGGCCGCCCUACACCCGGAGGUUACCCCGCUGCCCACAGACACCGCGAGCGUUGGCCACCUCGACGUCAUCCCGUACGAUGGCAGCGCGGCGGAGCCCGGUAGCUCCCUCGCCCCCGAACAAUCCGGACUCCCCGAGUCCGAGGAAUCGGAACACGAAACCGUAUCCAUCACCGUCGAAGUCCCGGAGUCGUACGAGGAGCUCGGCGUGCCCGGCGAAUCCGGGGCUCCGGAGCUAGAUUUGUCGGCUGCUGAGGAAAUCUUGGAGUCGGUGCCGAGCCAGGAGAGCGGCGUGGAGGCGUUCCCAACAGAGCAGGGCUCGACGGCCGUCCUCGAACCGGAAGUGGGCGUGGGGUCGGGCGUUGCUGAACCGGGGGGAGUCGUUGGCGCAACGGAGGAGGCGCCAGAGGCGACCGUGGUGCUGGGAGAGGGCGGGGAGAGUGGCGUUGGCGAGGGGCGAACGCCAGGCGGCGAGGGCGACCUCUCCGGGGACUUCCUGCUCAAGUCGGGUCCUGGCUCGCAGCUGCCCACUGACUUCACGGUGCCCGAGCAAAGCGGCAUUGAAAUCGGGGUUGCAUCUGGCGAGGGGCCGCUGCCCGAGAGCGAGCACGUGGUGCCACCCGGCGAGGAAGGCCUGCCGUCGGGGGAGGGACCUAGCGACGUCCCGCCCGCUCCCCCCGGCCCCACGCUUCUGGGAGAGGGCCCGACCACCGAGGUGCCCGCUCGGCCGUCGUCCGAGCCCACGUCCGCGCCGGACGAGGCGUCGGGCGCCGGCGAAUCGUACCCGGAGUGGGUGGCGCCGCCGUCGCUAACGCCGGGCGUCGAGUCCGUUCCGCCCGAGGAGGACGAGAGCGGAGAGCUCUACCCGGGCUCCGGGGAGGUCGUCCCGGUCGUCACGACCACCGCCGCCGCCGGGACGGGGAAGGACGGAGACGGGGAAGGGGCGGAGCUCGCGCCGGUGGCGUCGGGAGAAGAAGAGUUUGCGGAGUCUCUCGGGGAGACGGGCGUGAUGAAGCAGGGCAGCGGCAGCACGGAGGGCUCCGUGUCGGGGGAGGACUGGGGCCUGGCGCAGAGCGGCCAGGAGAACGAGACCUUGGUGGAGGGCGCCCCAUCGGUGGACGUCAUUCCGUACGGAGAGGAGCAUCUCGUUCCGGGGAUUUCGGACGAGCACCCGUUGACCUCGGCCGAAGGCUCAACCACUGAGGCGUCAUCCGAAAUUGAAGUGGGCGUUGCCUCUGGAGAGGCCUCCACUGUGGGCGCGGUGCCUUCCGCUCUGCCGGAGAUCCCGCCGGCGUUGGGUCCUGACGAGACGAGCGGCAUCACCGUGGGGUCGACGCCAGAUGAGCAGCAGCAGCAGCAGGAGGAGGUCGUCGCGAUCGUUGCACCACCAGUCGAAGGACUUCUGGGUCAGCUCAACGAGAGCUCAGCCGAGGGUCCAGAAUCUGGAUCCACUCCCGUUCCGGAUGUCCCAGAAUUACUCAUCCCCGACCACAGCGCCGUAGAGCCCGGGCCGUUCCUCACCCCAGCAGCACCCAGUCCCGAGGACGGCAGCGGCGUCGUUGUUUUCGCGACGGCGCCCCCCUCCGUUGCGUCCGGCCUCGUUCCGGAGACGACCGUUGCACCCCUCGGCGUGACGGAGGGCAGCGUCGCCGAGGAUCGCGACGGCGUUGUCGAUGGAGCGGAGGACGCCGUGGUGACGACGGAGAGAGCGGUCGUGAAGCAGGAGCUGGUGCCGGAGGAGAGCUCUCCAGUGGUGGAGGAAGCAAUCUCGGAGACUCUGAGAGCCAUGCAGGGCUCCUGCUCCGAGGUGCCGUGUCUGAACGGAGCCACAUGCACGGACACGGACGGAGGACUCCACGUCUGCCACUGCGCGCUCGGCUACACGGGGGACACCUGCCAAAUCGACAUUGACGAGUGCCACUCCAGCCCGUGCCGGAACGGAGCCACGUGCGUGGACGGCAUCCACUCCUUCUCCUGCCUGUGCCUGCCCAGCUACGGUGGCCCCUUGUGUGAGCUCGACACGCAGCAGUGCGAGGUCGGGUGGCAGAAGUUCCAGGGCCACUGCUACAACUUCUUCCCGCAGCGGCGCAACUGGGAGGACGCGGAGCGCGACUGCCGACUGCACGGCUCUCACCUCGCCAGCAUCCUGUCGUCCGAAGAGCAGCGCUUCAUAAACCGGAUGGCCCAGGACUACCAGUGGAUCGGUCUGAACGACAAGAUGUUUGAACAUGACUUCCGGUGGAGCGACGGACACACCCUGCAAUACGAAAACUGGAGGCCAGCUCAACCCGACAGCUUCUUCUUUGAUGGCGAGGACUGCGUGGUGAUGAUCUGGCACGAGAACGGCCAGUGGAACGACGUCCCCUGCAACUACUACCUCCCCUACACGUGCAAGCGCGGAGCAGUGUCGUGCGGGCCUCCGCCCAUCGUGGAGAACGCCAUGACAUUCGGGCGACUCAAAAGCCGCUACGAGAUCAACGCCAUCGUCCGCUACCACUGCCGCGAGGGCUUCAUCCAGAGGCACUUCCCCGUCAUCCGCUGCCAGCCAGACGGGAAGUGGGUUGAGCCGCGCAUUACCUGCAUCAACCCCGGAACAUACAAUCGGAUUCCACAAAGAUAUUCCCUCCAGUGAACCCCACUGAAGACUCCGCACAUUCCCACGGUGCCCACCCAGGAACGAUCCGAACGUCGUACACCACGUAUAGCCCUUGAGCCGUUGGCCCAAAAAUGGCUCAUUGGUACCACCUAGGGUGGCAAAUGCUACCAAUGAUUAUUUUAAAGAAUUUUAACAUUACGUCACGAACAUGUCUGAUAGCAAGGUCACCGUGCUAGUUGUUUUUUUUUUAACGAAAAAGGUCAUCGAAGAAGGUCACCGUGUUGAAUAUGAUGGAGAAUAUUGUUUCAGAAGGAAAACAACUGAAUGUGAAAUGAAUCGUCGACGGAAUAUGAACAUGAAUACGAAGUGUGUCUAUAGAACAGAGAGUAUGUGCGCUAAGCUUUCUGCCCAUGGUGGAUACUGGUAGCCUUGCCACCCCAUUUGGUACCAACCAAUCCCCUUUGAGCAUCUACAAUACACUGCCCAACUACAACAAUUGUAGAGUGACGUACUUUUUACAUUGUUGACGUUCUACGCUCUACUCCUCCCACACCCCCAUCCUACUUUAGCCUCAUUAUUUUUAUCAUGCUCUUGGCCAAAGCUGAAUUUUAAGUGUUUAAUUCAGGGAUGGAUACGUAGAAUAACGGUCAGCUGGCAAAUUCUGUGGCUAGAAAGAGGGCAGAACGAUGUUUCGUCACCCCCAUCUGAAAAAAUGGUUCGCUCCGUAGCACAAUCCCUGUAAACGCAUGCUUGCUUAGUUUGGACUGCGGGUCGGUCUGUUGUUUUAUAGGGGUGGCUUAGUUGUUGUGCCCUCACCGUUCAGAUUUGCUUGGGGAAGUGAACGGCACGGUCGUCAGAACACUUGGGCAGCAAACGAUGGGCAAAGCAGCCACGUAUUGCUUUUCUUGGUAUUAUUUGGAAACCAAACUAAAUUAUUUGGUUCGGGUUUUCUGGAUCCAGAAGGCAAUUAUAGCAAUAAAUUCUAACAUGGAGGCCAGUGUGUGUGUACCCACAACUAAACAAAACGGUCUCUUUGUACUUCAAGCAUUCAAGUACAGUAUAAUUGUUUCGUAUAAUACAGUAUAUUACUGUUAUAAACAAAUUACGUGUUAUUUAGCGACCUGCAAUAUUGAAUAACGUAUUUAAUUUGCAGCUGGGUGUAAAGGGCAUGCGACCUAAUUAUUUGUUUCUAUGCGGGACCAUCGCGCUCUUCUGCGAUUCAAAACCAGGCAAUGCCCUCGUCGUUUUUGGUCUCAGAAUUGGGCCCUCACUCGACGCGACGAACGUAUGCAACCCGUUACGUUCGUCCGUCCGAUGCGUUCACCUCUUCGACGCGCCGCGAUGAGGGAUCCACGCUGCCAGACCUGGUAAAAGCUACCCACGUUGUUCUGAUGCUUCACCAGACCAGUGUGUGUAAGUCUGCCUCUAGUCCACCUAGUGUCUGUGUCACUGAUUACCAGCAUCCUCAAGGGCGAUUGUUAAGUCUGGUGGCACGCUGUCGCUCCGGCUUCAGGUGGUGGCAAACUACGCUAUGUGUUUUUUGUUUUGUUUCUUGUUUUAAGCAAAGCAAGCUCGUGGUUUAGUUGAUCAGCGUGAUAAUUGGUUUGUGAUAGUGACGCGUGACAAUAACAAAUCACACCGGCGUUUGGGCGAUCACCAUUACCUUCCACCUGGCAGACUGCAUGAUUUUUUUUUUAAAUAUGGCUCCAUCUGACGGAGGACGCUCUGACAAGGCCACCUUUCCCGUUCGCAGUAUUAAAGUCGAACUGUUUGCUCGAAACUGGCAGACCCAGGAGGUUAGGGCCUAUUCUUUGUUUUGAACCUGGAGCAAUAGGUUAGCUCUUGAACCUCAUCUCCAUGACCAACUUUCUGGUGGACUGGCUCUAUCCUUGUGGCUCUCCAUGAUCUCGUGAAGUGGUCCCGUGAUAUCAUCAUUAUUAUUAGGCUGGCCCUAGUCCACCAGGUCUCAUUUAAGAUAUAAAUCCGGACAGCAUCAAUAUGCUGAUGACAUUUGCUUACGAAGUUCAGCAUAUGUGUCAACAAGGAGAGGCCGAAUUAUAACACUUGCUUUGUUUUGAGAGCGUAAUUUAGUCAACAUUGUUCGUUAUAAACAGGCACAAAUAUUAAAAAGUAUUGUUUUUUUUAAACACAAUACUUUCUGACGCACACGCCCACUCAUCCUUCCUAUCCCAUAAACUAGGCGAGUGCUGCACAGCAACAUUGUGGCAUCCUUGGGUGAGUGACUAUACCACGUGAGAUGGGGAAAGGCAAAAAGCAGAGCUGUCAAGUUGGGAGACGGCAAAGCCUAUGCCUGGCCAGCAGUGGGUGUGAGAUUGAUUAGCGGCAGUGUGAGAUACGGGUUUGCGGGGGGGGGGGGGGUUGUAUUAUCAAGGAGUGGGGGUAAAUUGGAGCUGUUAUCGCAUUUGCAGGCUGUACCGUUACGCCGUUUACUAUGAACCGGUCAAGGCUUCCCAGAGGUUCCUGGAGGCAUGCAAACAAGCCUGAUGUGAGGCCCUCAUUCGUACAAGGCCCAGUGAAAACGGCUCCUUUUACCCCCUCACCCCCACACCUUUCUGGACAGGUCUGGUAUGGCCUGCAGCGUAGUGAGAAACAGAACAAUUGCGUGAGACUUGCGAGCUCUGGAAAGGAAUGGUGCCUGGGGCACGUCGUUCGUUGGGAUGCCACGCACUGCUGGGCUGGAGCUAAUCCGGCUCAAAGCCACAACGCGCAGAUAGCCUAACCACAGCGAGUUUUGUUUCAUGGAGAUGUAGGAUUUGCUGCCUUACUCAGGCGAUGUUUUGGGCACGAUUGACAUCUUUGUGAUCCAUGAGGAAUGCAGACCGUGACCCUGGCAACUGACGUGGAUUACAAACUUCGGCGAACACUCGUUUUGUGACGGCGCUACUGAAAGAAUAUCCAAUCCACGAGAUGACUGGGUUGGCUCAGAUAUUUGUGUCAGUCAUUUUGAAGAUUCCAGGCCAGUCAUUCAGAGUAGCAUGGAAUGUGUGUCCUAAAGGAGAUUUUUACCGAUAGAUUUGUCCAUCACCAUCUGGCAGGGUGUAAGCAAUGUGAGGUGAGUGGAGGCAAUCAAAUGCACAGCUAAAGAAAAUAUCGACGAUUGGAGGGUUAGAUACAUUCAUGGAACAGACACAUUUGAGGUGGCUCUAAAGUAUAUUAUCCCAGACAUCUUCCAGUGUGUCACUUAGCUGUUGGUAGACUUUGCAUUUUGAUGGAGCAACGCUUCUGUUUGCAGCCAAUGAUCAUGCCCUGGAAUUGUAUCAAAUAGCCAGUGUGUUGAAUGUGCGACUAGAGCAAUCGGAAAUUGGAGAGAAACCCAGCUUUGUGCAUCAUUCUUAUCUCUAUUCAACGGUGAGCAACCAAUCUUGCCAAUAUCAUGUCAUUUGCCAGAGCUUCAUGGCGCACGCCCUUCACUGCAGCAGCAGCAGCAGCAGGUGGCAAUAAUAGAAUUUUAUAUCAAUUUGCUGAUCGGAGCAACCGUGCACAUUGAAUACCAUUGCUGUAAAGCCAGGUCAGUUGCAUGCAAACCAACAAUGUAUAUGCAACUGGUUUCGAGCAAUUGCACUGCCGGUUGCCUGAUGUAGAGAUAGACUCUACUUUUAGAGCAUCUGCUCAAUGAUUUAGGACGCUUACUCGGACCACCAUUGCAAGACCCCCCUCCCCCAUUCUUGCAUCGUUGCGUUGGUUCUCCAUCUCUUAAACGAGCGGUUAUUUAAGAUCACGCUGCUCAUAUUCAAGGCCUAGUGAGGGCUGGCUCCGCUGUAUAUUCACGAGCCAAUUCAACCACAAUGCCCUGGCAGGGUCCAUAAGAUCCGCCGAUGCUGCCCUCCCAUGUUACACCUCGAUAUCGGUUACAUUCUUGGGGUGAUUGGGAAUUUACCGUAGUGGUCCCCCAGCCCCCUUCCCCGGUUGUACAUCUCCCGACCGUUGGAGAUCAGGCUCCGGGGCAAUGCUGACAGUUUUAAAUCUCGACUAACAACCUAUCUUUUUUAAUAACAAUAAUAAUAAGGUUUCUUCUUCAUUAGUUUUCUUCCCGUUUGGCUCGUAUUCUGCCAGCCGCCUCUUUCUUCGUGACACCUUGAGACUUUGCGAAAGGCGCAUGACAAGUGCAAAUUCUUAUUUCUGCAGCGAUGUAUUUCAUCGCGCGCACGCCCGCGAAUUACUCGCUCCGAUGUGGACAAAGCAGUUGCAGGAGACUACGUUGCUUUACCAAGAGCGACAUGGUUGUGAAACGGAUCCGCCCGCCGUGCGCCUGGCUUAAAGCUGUGUUUGCUGAUGUUGGAGGCCAUGCCAUCGUUGAGACUGUCCCUUUGUGUAGGUGUGCGGCAGUCUGGUGGCUUUUGAGAGCAAGGCAGAAACGCUGUACAGACUUACAUAUUAUUAACACAGUAACAGCUCACGGCAAUUAACUGGUGACACGAAGAGCGUGGGAAGUCGUGUCUUACAAAUCAUCGGAAUAGUCUGAGGUUGACGUCUUAACUUCGUGUCCUAUUUUCAAAAAUCUCUUGACUGGCAUUGAUAUGUAUACAUGUUUAAGUAAUAUAUUUCUUGAUGCAAAUACGUCGAAAAAAGCAUCGCCUCAGCUACAGCAUGUUACGGGAAUGCUGGCAUAACACAAAUAUGGUUUCCAUUAGCAGGCUUGUCAUCAGGAACACAGUUAAAUAUUUUGAUCAGCGUUGCCACAUCUAGAAUGUUUGGUACUGUUGUUUUUUUCAUUUAUUAAUGUCAAAGUCUUUCAACUCUGACGUUCUCACACACAAGUAAAUUGUCCAGGUUUUUUUACCAGACCCAACCUUACAUUCUUAGGCAAACCAAACUUGUGAAGAAGACUUCGAUCGAUAGGAUGAAGUGACAUCCUGACCCACCAGUGAAAAUCCCAAUUGGUGGGUGGGGGUACAUGAUUGACUGUUUGCUGAGUUGUGUUAUUGGUCAAUAAAUUAUUGAAAGCCCCAUAUUUUAAGUUUCAAAACUAGUAACUGAAUUCGGUUUGUUCACACGCAUCGCACAUUUUCUAUCCAUUGGGCUUGCAAGGUUUUAUGGGUUGUUUUCCCAUAGUCAUGUAGAAUUGCAAUAUAUACAGCAUGUCAUUUUUACAAUGUUGUCAUUUGAAAAUGGCAGGAUCGUUUGUUGCGGUUGACUUUGAAAGAAUGGAGUCGAAUUUGAUUGUUUUGUGUCGUUCACAAUAAACCCAACCGUGAAUAUGCACAUCAACCAAAUGAUCAGCGGCAACGCUUACAGUCCCAUCGACCGAGCCAAUGAUGAAGAACGUUCUGGCUAGGGAGCCUUAAUUUGUCUCACAGACUUGACCAAUAUAAUUGAAUGGCUAUCGACAGAGACCGAGCUUCAGUUAAUCACACUAUGGUCGCUAGUGGCUGCUGUAAUUAGAGAAAACUCGACCACGUUUUUGUUUAUGCAGUAUUUUCAAAAAAACUGACGUCGGAGGCUGUGAUAGCCAUGGAGUUGACAUUGGUAAUAUCGAAGUUUGUGGAGGCGAUUCCGAAACUUUCUUUUUUACAAGAAGCCAAACUCACAACAAAUGCAUUGACGUGUAGCUGUUGCGUAGCUUGUUUGCAAAUUUGUUGACAAAGCUGAGACUUUGUUCUUUACCGUUCUGCAAAUGUUACCUUCUUGCUUCUUGCAAAACGCUUGAAAUGACCACGAAACCGAUCGCUGCGAUAGAAAAAUAAAAAAUGUAAAAAUAAAAAUAGCAAAAGCGAAAAAAAUUACAAAAAAUUACGACAAACUCAAAAACGCAACGAUUAAACUGAAGAUGGAAAUAGGUACGAACGUUACAUAAAUUGUUUUCAUUUUUAGCUUUAGGGGCCAUCCAUUUACUAGGUACGUAUAAAUCUGUCAAAACUUGAUCCCUCCCUGUACGCACGUGUAUUUUUACCCCCCCCCCUCCACCUGCGUAAGUACGCUUGACGCACCUCCACCCCCGAGUCCUAUAGAACGGCCGAUAUUUAAUCCACGCAGAAACGAUCAAGGAUUAAUAAUAUUAACAUGUUUAAGCAAACAGAUAGUCCACCGGCGGACUAUCUAACUCAUUUGAAGGCCAAUGUAGACAAAUUAUUAUCGAGGCCCCCCCCCCCCCUCGUUUGCUAUGCGUACGAACAUUGUCAGUAGACCCCUACCAUACGCAAGCAUACGCAUUUGGGUUAACCCCUUCAUCCCUUCAUGCGUGCGUACUAAAUGCAUGGCCCCUUACUCUAUGUAACAAGCUGAACCCAUGAACUUUUGUCAAGUGAUAUUGUUGUCCUCCUCCCAUCCCCGUCCUGCUCCAAAAUCCUCGGCCCCUAUUUCGCGACUCUCCUCCACCGCCGCCACCCUAUUUAUCCACACCUCACAGGAUUUCCUCGACCCCCCCAAAAAAAACAAAAUCUCUGUCCCCCAAUCGCCGCACGCACCGCUGCAAACGUGUUUUUGUGUUCUUCCACAAACACAUUUUUUUGUCCCCUGGAAAUGAACGAAAGAGACGACAUCGUGCACAGCCAGGCUAUUGAUAAAGUCGACACAAAGUGACCGUUGGGAUGACGGUGUAAGGAUUCCUUGCGGCGUUUUGAAAGUUAUAUAGCUUGUGAUUUGGGCACACACGCCGCCAACCUUAGCGUAUUGUUUCAUAGGUGCGGUCUUCCAAUCUCGGAAGUUCCAGAGGCAUGAAGGUCGUGGUUGUGAGUUCCUUUUGUAUUUGGCCAUAAGUCCCAACUGGGUGGUGAGAUUUUGUAAAAUGAAUGCUUUAAGAGCCAUUGCAGAUUGGGGUUUUAGUGAGCACUGCUCUCUUAGCAACUUUGCAACAGUAUAAUACAGUGCUAUUGUAAUAUUUAGUAGUAAUUGGCGUUUCAUCGGCAACAUCUGUACUGAAAUUUUCGUUCUACCCUCAACGUUUGAGGUUUGUUAUGAUUUAUUAUGGAAGGUCAAAGGAUAUUUAACAUUUAAAUGUUUAAAUUCAACCGUUUGGUCAUGCAUGUAAGCCAUUAUUUACAUGGGUCCUGCGAUUACAACACCUGUACACGUAUGAUCGCCAGGUAGCUGAUAGGAUGUCCUAUUAAAUAUUAUUGACUGAUGGUCACUUAAGUGAUCACGCGUAAGGAAUGACUCCGUAUGAAAUUUGCAUUCGAUCUGAAUCCUCCACAAGGGGGUGGCUUGUCCCGAGCAUUCUCUUUGAAAACGUUACAGGACUCCUGCAUAGAAUGCACGCGUGAAUAACUCCUGAAUACAACCACCAAUGUUGACUAGAAGGCAAUACUAAGCCUUCACUAUUACGCCGUGCAGUGUAUAAUUAAUAUUUGUAAGCGAAAUAUAAUUGCCAAAAAACGAAGCACAUAUACAUACCGCGAUGUUUGUAUGCAUGCAUACAACAUGAGGAAUACUUCUUUUUUUAAGAUGACCAUUCAAAUGUUCUGUGAAGAUUCCAGAUUAAAUGUGUUAAUAAAACUGUCCUGUGCAUGCUAGCAGGUUAUUUGAAAACUAUAACCGUAUUGUUGACGCACAGUGAUGUAUGUAUAUAAACACCAAUGACACUAAAAAAGUAAUCUACCCAUACAUGGACUCACCCACGCAUAUCUAUAUAAAAGUAUUUACUAUAUAUUCACUAUACAGUAUUCAUCAUUCACAUCAUCUCAUAUCCCACUACAAUAAUAUUUGGUUUGUUAAUUAAGGCUCAUCCCAUGAGGUUCAUCUUUCAUCUCCACAAGGCACCUGUGCUGUCGACAUCCGGUCAAGUGGAGAGCGUCAUUAGAAAUCCUGGCAAUACCCCCCCUCCCAUGUAUAACAUAGCGCUCCGCGAAUAAAGCUGCCUAGAGUCUUCAUUAAAAAAAUGUCUUUACGGAUGUCCGUUUUUGGAGUUCCGUCACGAGUAGGUUAAAGUCACUGUUGUAAAACUGCCAAUAUCUUUUAUUCUAUACAUAGCAACAUAAGUCUUGAGAAUUCUAAAGUGAACAGCUCUGGUGUCACGAGGUGAUGCUAUAUUUAAAUUGAGAAGCCCUACAACAGCACUUGUGUCAUCUUGCCCGAAACAUGUUCAAGUCUAUUACUUUCUUAGCGUCCCUCAUUUGUGUAUACGAGAAAGAAAACCACGACAAUUAUAACUCCUGUUUGCUAGAGUGUGCAUGGUCAUUCGUACUGUAAUCCAACUCUCCUGUUAAAAAGGCUCUGGAAUUUGUAAGCCAAGGAGCUAAUGUCAUCAAGUUGAACAGUGUCCUCAAGAGGAAUGUUGUUGCUCACCAAGAUAUUAUUAUGUUUAUUGUUAGUAUUAAAACCAACGUUCUGACUUCAAUAAGCUAUAACGAUGGUUACACGGCAGAGCUGUCCCACAAUUCGUGGACUGUGAAUAUAGCACUACGUGCGUUGGUGAGAAUUAUUAUGCUGAAAGCAAUGAAGACCGAUUCGAGUAAAGGUGGUCACAUAAUUUGUAACGUCUGCAUGUGUUCAAGUCUGUCUGUACAACUACCGUACUGAUAUCAAAGCUUUAGACUUAGUUUAGGCAACUAGCAUCAGAUAAGUGGGGGUUCUGAAGUGGAUAUUUAACUCAGCAAUUAUCAACGGUCUAUCCCACAAUGCCAGAGAGCAAAACAAACUCGUGCUGUGGUUCAAACCAUUUAUGGGAAAUAGGAGGUGAAUACGGUUUCAGCCUUUCCAGACGGAUUCUAGAUUAUUUGUUUUGUUUAUUAUUACUUUAUUUAAGAAGUCUCUUCAUUGCUCUUGUAACUAAUAUGUUAAUAAGCAAAAAAAACCAAGUCUGGGAAUGUUGUUGUGGUUAAACAAGGUUUUUUUUGUGUUUCGCGCGCUAGUCGUCUAAUUGCUUUUUCUUUUGCCUUUGUUUUCUCACCAUUUGCGCAUGAGAAAACAUUUUAAACUGUACAACUUCAACGAAUAAAAUGGCAAUAAUCUGACACUUUUUUAUUAUUAUUAAAAGUUACCAAUAUUGUGCGUACUGUUGUGUGCUAGCAGGGCUAUUAUGCUUUGCUGUGUUAAGAAGUUAUGGAAACUUAAUUUCAUUCCUUCCUCGCCAGUGUUCCAAAUAGCGAGAGACUUUAAAUCGCUCUGUUGUUUUAUUUUAUGUUGGGCACGAAACAUUGUGAGUGGUCUUCAUUGUAUGGAAUAUUUUGCAAAGUCAUUAAAAAAGUCACACUUCAGA